AUGGAAUCAGUGCAAUCGAUAAAAUAUUGUAUCAGACCUGCUGGAUUUGCGUCAGUUCAACGAAAUUAUUCUUGUGGUUGUUUGAAUGGAGGUAUAUUGGUAUCGUUCGAUGUUUUGAAACAGUACAAUAUUACUACACAAGAAUUAUUAUUAUGGAACUCUGGUGUGGAUGCGAUUGAUCGGUAUCGUGCUUAUCUUGCGAAUCACCCAUAUGGAACUAAUCAAGAAACAGAUCAAUUCAUUUGUAAUUGUACAAAUUCGAGAAGUUUUGGUGUCUUGUGUGAAUAUCAAUUUUCACAAAGCAGCUUCGAAGCAACAAUUCUCUCUCAGUAUAAUCAAAAACUUAAAUAUCGAUUGGGUAGUCAACUGUUCGGUAUUACAACGUGUUAUAAGGCGUCAUUUCCAUGUGAUUAUGGAAAAGUCUGCCUUGAUUGGAGAAAUAUUUGUGACGGAACCCAAAAUUGUGUGGAUGGAACAGACGAAGACUAUUGUGAACAUUUGUUAUUGAAUGAGUGCAAUCCAGAGAGUGAAUAUCGUUGCAGAAAUGGAAUGUGUAUUGAUGAAGAAUAUUUUCUCGAUGGAGACAUUGAUUGUCAAGACCAAUCAGAUGAACAACGUAAUUCAGUUUAUGUUCUUACUGGAUUAUGUUAUGCUCGACCCAAAUUGGAUUGUGAGGAAAAAAUAUUAGACAGUAAAAAAUACAUUUCGUGUGGUGAUGGAUCAGACCUAUCUUUUAUAAAACAAUAUCGAGACAAGUCAAUAUCCAUUGAUAUUGACACUUGCUACUCAUUUCGCGAGAGACAAUGGAAAUGUGAACUGAAUAAUCGAGAGAUUAUGUGGACAAAUCCAGCGAAUGGCCAUUGCCUAGACUAUGUUGAUAACACAACAAAUGUGCUAAAAGAGGAAAAUGAUUGUAUCUUUAUUCAUAAAUGUGCAUUAACUAGACAAGGUCAACAUUAUUUGUGUCCAUGCGCAGGUAAUGGUUGCCGUGCUUAUUUUCAUCGCUACUGUAGUUCACAUGAUAUCUCAUUAUUUGCCUAUCCAUCUGGGCGUAUAUUCACGCCAUUUGUUGAAACUUAUUACAAAAGCAAUGAGCACAAUUUUGAUCGUAAUGUGUGGCCAGACGUUUUUAUUUUCACUCGUAGUAUUAAAUGUAAUAAUGAAAUGCGAGCAGCAACAGAUAUAGCCAACCAGAAAGAUUGGUUCGUCAAUGAAACUUUAGUAGUCAUAUAUGUUAGAGCACUUGAUGCUUAUCCAUUAGAAGUGCUUUUAUGUGAGAGGCAUCAAUCUAUCAAUGCGAAUGAAACGAACUAUGGAAAUUGUUGGAAUGACUCGUAUCCUAAUCAAGCCAGACAUUGCCCAAAUUCAAUACCAUUUAGUUGUAUCUCAAAAUAUAAUGUCAAAGAUGGCGUUCGUGAUUGUGCACGUGGUAAGAAAUUCUCCAUGAUUCUCAUUAUUUUAUACGAAAACCAAAUCGAAAAUAUUCUUCUAAGACUAAAUUUAUGUAUAGUUAGCUCCAGGUAUUCUCUGCACGUUAUUACCCGUUGUUCCUUGAAACUGAUUCUUCGAAAGUAAUUUUUAAUUUCAUCUCGAUUGAGCAAUAGUAAAAUUUCUCGAUACAGCUGUACCAGAGGUGUCCACAGGGCAGGGCAGGGCUAUACCUUCACGCCCUGCAAAUUUUGCAUAUACUUACUUUAGUUCGAAAAUAACAGCAAUUUUAUUCUUCUCGGGAACGUGAAAGAAACUAAAACUAUCCUGAUAUUUCAAUAAAACUAUUAAAAAUAAAACUAUGCAUCGCUAUCAUCGUCGAUAGAUUCAUGUGCUGAUAUUUCAUCUAUCUCUCCUGGUGAUGGAAAUGAAGUUUCUAUUCUCUCUUCGUUAAAUAUAUCUCGCCUUGUCCAAACAUAAUGCUGUGAUAUUUUGACAAAUAGUUUUGCAAUUAUCUCGAAAGGUAUAAGAGCUAAUAAGGUCGUUCAAACGUCAUUCGAUGCAGCUUAUCAUAAUCUAUUAAUGUUGAAAGAGUGGCCUAGUUCGACUGAAUUCUCGCGCUUCUAGAAAGGUUUUAUCAUCCCGUAACACUGGCAAAACAGGACUCUUUUUUCUAGGUUUCCUUAUAAAGCUCUAAUUUCUUGCCAAAUCAUUUCUUCAAAUGAAAUGCUUAUGGUACCAUUUUUGUAGAGAAUUGAAUGGGCUUUCAAGCUGUAAAAAGUAUUUUUUCUAAACUAUUUUUGCUCAGAUUAAAAAUGGAAAAACCAAACAUAACGCUGUGACACGUUUUUAUGUCGACCGAAUUUGAAGCACUUAACAUGCUUAAAAAUACUCCAUGUUUAUAUGUUGAUCACUGCCAUGCAUAUCCUUCUGUAAAAAAAAUCUAGUUGCUACAUCCAAAAUACGAGCUCAAUAAUUGUAUAGUAAGUUAGAAACUGUACAAGCGCUUAGAAGCUGUCCUGAAGAAUGUGAGUAAACAAUUAACAGGCCACUUUGUAAAGAAUCAAAUUCUGCAUCGAAUGGUAUAUUUAUUAGAGAUCCCUGUGCCUUCUUGAUGUUAAUAACGAAUGAGUACCAUAACGAUGGAACUAA